UGAAAUUCAGAAGUGGGGUGAAAAGUGCUAAACCCUGGGUAACGCCGUAGCCAUUUUUCUGCAACAAACAAACCAACAAACACCUUCCAUUAAUCGUUACCUUCUUUGUGCAAACCAAUAAUAGAGAAUCAAAAUUGAAUGAAACUAUAACAAAAUGGCGUUCGAAAGCUACGUAGUGGUACACAACAUAGCAAAGAGGCACAACGUUGGAACACUAGCACGAAGCGCAACAGCGUUCGGCGUAUCCGAACUAAUCCUCGUUGGUCGUAGAGAUUUCAACAGUUUCGGUAACCAUGGUUCAUCAAACCAUGUCCGAUUUCGACAUUUUCAUUCUCUCCAAGAAGCUCGGCAGUUUCUCAAGGAUAAAGACUGUGAUAUCUGCGGCGUUGAGAUCACGCACGAUGCUCUACCUGUUAAUCAGCAUCCUUUUAAGAAAAGUACUGCUUUUUUGCUUGGUAACGAGGGUUCUGGUCUUUCUAGUAAGGAGUGUGAGAUUUGUGAUUUUUUCGUUUAUAUUCCGCAGUAUGGUUGUGGUACAGCUUCGUUGAAUGUUACUGUCGCUGCUUCAAUUGUACUGCAUCAAUUUGGAGUCUGGGCAGGCUUUGCUGAGAGAUCUCGUGAUGGAAAUAAAUUUGUUGUGGCAGAAAGACCAGCAAAACAGGGUCGACGAAAUUACUGCACGGAAACAGAAGAUUCUAUCGUUGAAGAGCGUAAAGCCAAAAGAGAAAAUGCCACCAAUGGUUUCUUUGAGGAGAUCGAGAGUAGCAAUUCAUCUUCAAACCUCCUUGAUACAUUGUUUGUUGAUGAUUGAUGUAAAAUCUGGGAUUACUUGAUGAUCAAUUGACCUUUGAGAUUGUAGGUUGAGGGCUUAAAUGCUUCCGUUGUGGUAGAAGAGAAUCAAGAUCUUUGGUAUCUAAUGUAUACCGUUUAUCUAGAAAGAUGUACUAGCUAGGUGAAGGUUUCUACUGUCAUUAGGCAUGUGUAUGUUGUUUUACAGUGUGAAUUAAGCUAAAACUGUCACCAAUGACAAGAAAUAAUUACAAGUUUGUAAAAAACAGUUUUGCUUGGAUUGAUUAACUUAUUACAUUGCCAUUUGCUUUA